UAAUCAGAGCAAACAUUUCCUGAACUGAAUAACUAUUGAAAAAUUUCAGUUAUCAAAUUAUUCGUCUAUCAUGGAGUUCCAGGAAUAUUUGCACAAGCAAUUGGCCAUAUUCAAUUACCAUUUGCACUCGGACUACGGAUUGUUAAUCAAGACAGCGACUUGCAUUGCAUUUGGCGCCGUCUGUGGCUGGAUUAUGGGCCUCAUCACAUUGUUGCUAUACAAAAUAGCCAAAUGGCAGGAGAUUUUCCCAACCACUGUCUACAAUUAUCAAGAUGAUGAUAUCGACUUGGAAUUGGAUACAGAUAGAAUUGGAAACUCAAAAACGAAAAUAUCAAGAAGAAAUCAACAUGUUCCAGAGAUAUAGAAAUAAAUUCACGAGCUCAUAAGUUGCUUAAAACAUGCAAAUGCGAAUGAAUAUAUAU